AUGGCCAAUGGAAGUCUUACAGAUCAUUUGCACAGAAGAAGAGCUAACGGAAGUAAUUCUUCUCUACUGAUAUGGAUUCAAAGGCUCCGUAUCUGUAUAAGUGUUGCUCGUGGUUUCGACUACCUUCAUAUAGGUACCUGUGUCCAAAGUAGAGUCAUACACCCUGAUGUAAAGGGCUCAAAUAUCUUGAUGGACAAGAAUUUGGCAGCUAAGAUUUAUGACUUCGGGGUGUCUAGAAUUGGGCCAGCAUAUCAGUCUGGCACUACUACUGUUUAUACAGGUCAGUUCACAGGUUUUAUUCGUUGCAAUUAA